GCCAUAAUAGGCGAGAUACGACGUCGGCUAGGAGUGGUAGCCGACGUCGUAUAGCGCCGGACUUAAUAUAAUUGGAUACGCCGUAUUGUGCAUGUUCCUAGCCUGGUUUGAGGCAAACAAAAAAUAUCCAACGGCUAGACAAUUAAUUUAUGCAGAGAUGCCAAUGAAAUUCAUUUGGAAACAAUCAACUAGAGAAUUUGUACCAAAACAAAGGGGAUUCUCAAUAGGACGAGUUAUCUAUGUUCUCCCUAGUAGCGGUGAAAUGUACUACUUGAGAUGUCUCUUGAAUGUGAUGCGAGGUCUUACGUGUUAUGAAGAUUUAAGAACAGUUAAUGGAGUACUAUACAGUACCUAUCGUGAUGCUUGUUAUACACUAGGCCUACUAGAAGAUGACAAAGAAUAUGUUGAUGCCAUUGUUGAAGCAAGUCAUUGGGUAUCUACUCAAUCCUUGAGAAAUUUGUUCACCACAUUGUUAUCCUCAAAUUCUCUAAGCCAUCCUGAAGUUGUUUGGGAGAAAUGUUGGACACAAUCGUCAGACGGCAUUUUGUAUAAACAACGAAAGAUAUUAGGUUGCCAAGAUUUGAUCAUGACUGAGGAUGAAAUAAAGAACCAUGCAUUGGUUGAGAUUGAGAAACUAUUGACACGAUGUGGAAAAAGUUUGCGUGAUUAUGCACAAAUGCUACUUCCAGAAAUUGAGUGGGCAUCCAGUUCAAUAAAUCGGAUGGUGCAAGAUGAGUUGCGAUAUGACAGAAUAGAAAUGCAUGAAGAGCAUACAAAAUUGGUUUUCAAUCUGACACACGAGCAACAUGGUGUUUAUAGCACAAUAAACAGUGUUGUAGGCACAAAUCUAGGUGACAUUUUCUUUGUUUACGGUUAUGGAUGGACUAGAAAGACAUUUGUCUGGAGAACACUUUCAGCAACAUUAAGGUCAAAAUGAGAUAUAGUACUGAA